AUGACGUCCAAGACACUUGAAGCUCGUUUCGAGCACCUGUCGGUCAAAGAUGAGAAGGAGAAUGGCGCCAAUGAUCGAACCUACGGCAAGCAUAAGGGUUCUCUCUCUACUGCCGUCGCUUUGUCCGGGCUUGGCGCGUCAGCCCAGGUGAACAACCCCAACCGGGCUCAUCUACUGAAGCUUGCUCUCCAAAACACCAAUGACAACAAAGCCAAUGCCAUGAAUGUGGUCGCUUCCCCGGGCAAAGGUUCACAAGGGCCCAUAGCAACCCGAAACACGGAUGAAAAUGGGGAGAAGCGCAUCUCCACUCCACUGUACGAGCAGCCUUCUGUACCAAAAGAACUGCACCUCAGCAUGUUCGAGAUCGGCAAGCCAUUAGGCAAGGGCAAGUUUGGGCGAGUCUACCUGGCCAAAGAACGGUCUUCCGGCUUCGUCUGUGCACUCAAGGUCUUGCACAAAUCCGAACUUCAGCAAGGUGGUGUCCAGAAGCAGGUCCGUCGCGAGAUUGAGAUUCAAAGUAAUCUGCGGCACCCGAACCAAGCGCAUUUUCCUGAUCUUGGAAUUCGCUGGUCGUGGAGAACUCUACAAGCACCUUCGGAAGAGAACCGGUUCCCGGAAUGGAAGGCCGCGCAGUAUAUUGCCCAAAUGGCCGCAGCAUUGAAGUAUCUGCACAAGAAGCAUGUUAUACAUCGCGACAUCAAACCCGAAAACAUCCUUGUUGGAAUCCACGGGGAGAUCAAAAUAAGUGACUUUGGAUGGAGUGUACACGCUCCCAACAACAGACGGCAGACAAUGUGUGGAACACUUGACUACCUGCCGCCCGAGAUGCUUCAUACCGGCCCGAAUGAAAAUUUCUACGGUGAAAAGGUGGACUUGUGGAGUCUGGGCGUGUUGACCUACGAGUUUCUGGUGGGCGAGGCACCAUUCGAAGACACGCCUGUCAUGACUCAAAGACGCAUUAAACGAGGCGAUAUGUCGGUCCCUUCCUUUGUGAGUCCAGAGGCAAAGGAUCUUAUUAAGAAGCUGCUUAUCUUGGAUCCCGAGAAGCGAAUCCCGCUUGACGAUAUCCACCGGCACCCCUGGAUUGUCAAGCACUGCAUGAAGGAUGACCGGAGUGUGAAACGGAGUUCUGGUUCUUCCAAGAGUGGCCAAGCAUAA